AUGUGCAUUCAUACCCCCAUCACGCACGACUAUAGGGUAUCACACCCUGCCCAGGUGCCCACCAACACCCCCGACCUCCUCGACCUCCUCCACUCCCGCCCCCUGGCCGCAUCUGUGGCCCUCCACCAAAAUCUCGGGGUCGGUGACGAGUGGAAGUCCCUCGUCCACCGCCUGUGGGCUCACCUCGAGCCCUACAGCUCCUACUUCCCCACCGGCCGACUAACAGCGGCCAAUGAUAACGACAUCCUUCUGCGAAUGGAGGACGUCAAGUAUCCUCCUUCGCCCGUUGAGGAGGAUGUGCUGCCCAUGGAGGGCGUUGAAUUUGUGUCUGUCUCCGGUGUCUACAUAGACACCAUGAUCCGUGACAUCUCUCCGGAGAUGGAUGUCUGUGCGGAGCUUGGGGCCGUGCCUGCCUCCCCCCUGUCCCCAUGA